AUGAAAAGCUUAAAAGUGGUAUUAUGUUUGGGUAUGAUAUCAGCUUGUAUGCUUGUUGGUACAUAUGGUCGAAUGAACGUAGUGUCUCAAAACUCUAUGAAAAGGGUUGGGGAAGAAGGUAAGGGUGAAAAGAUUAUAUCAUGUGUUGUGGAAUAUGUAAUCAAUGGGGAUUUAAGUAUUGAUGAUGGGGAUUUUUGUGAUAGUAAUUCGAUUUGUUCGAAUAAUCCUGGUUUAUGUGAUAAUGGACAAGUAGUUGUACCAGGAGAUUAUUGUAGUAAUUAUUAUGAUAUAACAUUAGUUGUUGAAGAAUCAAGUUUUGUUCAGAAGGAUUAUUGGUUAAAAGGAACUAUACCAUUUUUAGAAUCUAUGGUCAUUAAUUCGAAUGUAAGUAAGG